AUGGCCUUUCUAAUGAAAAGUAUGUUGAGCAACCAGGUAAAGAAUUUGGGACUUGGAGGUGGAGGGGAAGAAAACAAAGAAGAAAGCACUCCUUCUGAUCCAGCAGCAGCUGCAGGAAUGACCAGAGAGGAGUAUGAGGAAUAUCAAAAGCAAAUGGUUGAGGAGAAAAUGGAAAGAGAUGCAGCAUUCGCACAGAAAAAAGCAGAGAGAGCCUGUCUGAGGGUUCACCUGAGAGAAAAGUACAGACUGCCUAAGGCCAGGGUGAAACAGCUGUGGAUCCGCUGUGGAGAAACGGAGUCGCAGUGUGCAGGGCGGCAGGCCGAACGGUGGGGCCUGCUCUCUGCGGAAGUCCUGCCGGGACGAGGGAAACCCGGCAGGAGCGCGGCCCGCACCCGCAGGCCCUGA